GCGCGCGCGCGCGCGCGAGCGGGCUGCCGAGAGCAGAGCAGGGCAGGGCAGGGCUGGGCUGGGCUGGCAGAACGAAGGUUUCCUCUCCCCCGGCUCCCAGAGCCCUUCCCCGCUGCGCCUGUCAGUCAGCCGCCUGCCGGGGCUCGGGCACGCAGCUCCGGGCAAACGCCCCAGGGCCUACGCGCGCGGGGAAUGGCUGGCCCCGGGCGGCUGGUUUGCCUUCCUCUGCCCCGCAGUGCCUAGCCUGAGUUGCUGCUGGGAAAGCCGUUCACGUUCCUCCUCCCACGGCAGCCGUCCGGAGCGGGGCAGGCAGAGGAUGGGGCCCCCCGGUUGCCGUUCGGCAGGGCAUCAGUUGUCAGCAAGUGUCACAGGAGAGCUUGCUGCAUGUAUGAACCAGGAAGAAUAAGAGCUUCUUCAGAGAGAGGAUCCCAGCCACACUCUUGCUGCACUGAAGUGUGGGAGGGAGAGACACACACAGAAAGAGAGAGACACAAAAAUCCCAGGCCUUGGGGAGAUGAGAAGCAGAAGCAACUCUGGAGUCCGCUUGGAUGGCUAUGCCCGACUGGUUCAACAGACCAUUUUAUGUCAUCAGAAUCCAGUUACUGGACUGCUUUCGGCCAGCACGGAGCAAAAGGAUGCUUGGGUCCGGGAUAAUGUCUACAGCAUUCUGGCUGUGUGGGGUCUGGGAAUGGCUUAUCGGAAGAAUGCAGACCGGGAUGAGGAUAAGGCAAAAGCCUAUGAACUUGAGCAGAAUGUUGUGAAACUGAUGCGGGGACUUUUGCAAUGUAUGAUGAGACAGGUGGAUAAAGUAGAGAAGUUCAAAUACACACAGACUACCAAGGACUGCUUGCAUGCCAAAUAUAACUCAGCCACUUGUUCCACAGUAGUAGGGGAUGACCAGUGGGGACAUCUACAAGUAGAUGCAACUUCCCUUUUCCUGCUCUUCCUGGCACAGAUGACUGCAUCAGGAUUGCAUAUUGUAUUCACCCUUGAUGAAGUUGCCUUUAUACAGAAUCUUGUUUUUUACAUAGAAGCUGCCUAUAAAGUCGCUGACUAUGGAAUAUGGGAACGUGGUGAUAAAACCAAUCAGGGCAUCCCUGAACUGAAUGCAAGCUCUGUAGGCAUGGCCAAGGCUGCUUUGGAAGCAAUUGAUGAACUAGACCUUUUUGGAGCCCAUGGGGGGAGCAAGUCAGUGAUUCACGUCCUUCCUGAUGAAGUUGAACAUUGCCAGUCUAUUCUAUACUCCAUGUUGCCAAGGGCAUCCACGUCAAAGGAGAUUGAUGCUGGACUCUUGUCCAUUAUUUCUUACCCAGCUUUUGCAGUGGAGGAUGUGAACAUUGUUAAUGCAACCAAAAGUGAAAUCCUCACCAAAUUGCAAGGGCGUUAUGGCUGCUCUCGCUUCCUUCGAGAUGGAUACAAAACACCAAGAGAGGAUCCAAACAGGUUACACUAUGAUCCUGCUGAGCUCAAACUGUUUGAGAAUAUAGAGUGUGAGUGGCCAGUAUUCUGGACUUACUUCCUAAUUGAUGGAGUGUUCAAUGGGGACAAAAUUCAGGUUCAAGAGUAUAGAGAGGCCCUGGAGGGAAUAAUUAUUAGAGAAAAGAAUGGAAUUCUUCUGAUGCCAGAGUUGUAUGCUGUCCCUCCAGACAAGGUGGAUGAGGAGUAUGAAAAUCCUCACUCAGUGGAUCGUGUCCCAGGUGGAAAGUUGCCUCAUCUGUGGGGCCAGUCUUUAUAUAUCCUCAGUUCCCUAUUAGCAGAGGGGUUUCUAGCUCCUGGAGAAAUUGAUCCCUUAAAUAGGAGAUUUUCAACUGCUUUUAAACCUGAUGUGGUGGUGCAAGUAACUGUCUUGGCAGAAUCAAAUGAAAUUAAGGAACUCUUGAGACACCAUGGAAUCAGUGUUCAGAGCAUUGCAGACAUCUAUCCAAUCCGAGUGCAGCCGGCACGUAUCCUGAGUCACCUUUAUGCCAAACUUGGCCGAAACAAGAACAUGAACCUGAGUGGCCGGCCUUACCGACAUAUUGGUGUGCUUGGAACAUCCAAACUGUACAUGAUACGAAAUCAAAUAUUUACUUUUACCCCGCAGUUUACUGAUCAGCACCACUUCUACCUGGCUCUAGACAAUCGGAUGAUUGUGGAGAUGCUCAAAACAGAGCUGGCUUACCUCACCUCUUGCUGGAGGAUGACUGGAAGACCAACCCUCGCUUUUCCCAUCACCCACACCAUGCUCAUUGAUGAUGGCUCUGACAUUGAUCCAGCAGUGCUUGCAACCAUAAGAAAAUUAGAGGAUGGGUAUUUUGGAGGGGCAAGGGUAAAGCUAGGCAAACUGUCAGAUUUUCUUACCACCUCCUUCUAUACGCAUCUGAGCUUCCUAGAUCCAGACUGUGACGGAAAGCUAUUCGAUGAUUCUAAUGAUGGCUGUGAUAGUCCUGAAAGUGGAUAUGAAUUAAAAGGCUAUCCAGAUGAUUUCUGUGACAAAGAUAGUCCAGAUGAGCUGGACCAGUAUAUAAACGAUAUGCUGCAAAGCACAGCGCUUAAGUGCUACCUGCCUCCAACUUCAAAGAAUGCUAAUCAACCUCAUGUGUUCAGUGCUGUUCACUCCAUGCGAGAGAUACUGUUAAUAAUGGCCAAGGCAAAGGGUUUGGAUGUUCCAUGCGUUUCUAUGUCUCUGCCAACUAAAGUUUUGAACACUCACCGGAAAUCUCUGAAUCUCGUUGAUUCUCCACAUCCUCUUGAAGUGAAGGAUCCUGAAGCUGUUUUGCACUUGCCCAAAGAUGAUCAUGGUGAAUUGGAUUGUGAGAAGUUAGUUGAACAGCUGAAGGAGUGCCCAACUCUACAUGAUCAAGCAGAUAUAUUAUAUGUCUUGUAUAUAAUAAAAGGCCCAGACUGGGAUACAGAGCUGAAUGGACAGUAUGGAGUCACCGUUCAUUGUCUGCUCAAUGAACUCUACAGCAAGGCAGGCCUGAACCAAGAGUGGGGGUUAAUUCGGUACAUCUCUGGCAUACUCAAGAAGAGAGUGGAAGUUCUGGCUGAGGCAUGCACAGACCUUCUGUCACACCACAAGCAGCUUACAGUGGGCCUGCCACCUGAGCCACGUGAAAAAACUAUUACCGCCCCUCUGCCACCUGAAGAGUUGUCAGCACUUAUUUAUGAAGCCAGUGGACAAGACAUCAGUAUUGCAGUCCUUACCCAGGAGAUUGUGGUGUAUUUGGCUAUGUAUGUCAGGUCACAGCCCAGCCUUUUUGCAGAGAUGCUCAGACUCCGCAUUGGACUAAUAAUUCAGGUGAUGGCUACUGAGCUGGUUCGCAGUUUGAACUGUUCAGGUGAAGAAGCCUCAGAAAGUUUAAUGAAUCUAAGCCCCUUUGAUAUGAAAAAUCUCCUGCACCAUAUUUUGAGUGGGAAAGAGUUUGGCGUUGAAAGAAGCAUGCGGCCUCUAGAUUCCUCUGCCUCCAGCCCAGCAAUUUCUAUUCAUGAAGUGGGGCACACUGGAGCAACUAAAACAGAAAGAAGUGGCAUUACUAGACUGAAGAGUGAAAUGAAACAGAGGGGCAGUACUCCAUCAUCUCCCACUAGGACUUCAUCCCCUACAGGGUCUACUGGAAACGACAUCAGCUGGGGUGACCGCCAAGGGCAAUGGCUCCGCAGAAGAAGGCUUGAUGGUGCCAUUAACAGAGUUCCUGUAGGGUUCUAUCAAAAAGUAUGGAAAAUCCUUCAGAAGUGCCAUGGCCUGUCCAUUGAUGGCUACGUCCUUCCUUCUUCAACUACAAGAGAGGGAUCUUUGACUCCCAACAUUGCCGGUCUUUGGAUAGCUGCUUACCGCCAGGGCUGCCUUGUCUCCAGAGCUGAUGGUCUUUCUUCACCGCAGGAGCAGCUCUUACCUGCUCCUCCAGCAUCAGUUUCCAGGCAGCUCUUUGUUCACCAUGAUAAAAAACCUUCUUUUCUUGCUUUUAAAUGCCAUGGUUGAUUCAAUUGUGCAAUUUGCACAGGUGGCAUUACACUUGUGAAGUGCAAAAUCUUUUUGCAGUGCACUUAGUGCAGCAAGCCAUGUGUUUUAACAAUUUCAUGUAUGCUGAUGACAAUACCUCCUAUGGUGUGACUAUCACCCAUACCACUUACAAGGUGGCACCUCACCCAUGGGUAUAUAUGCGAAUAUCAGUGUAAUAUUGCUGUUUGAUUAAAAUGAAUACCAUCCCCUGUAAAAGUGUCAUGUCUGCCUUGUGUAGUGUAAUACUGUAUGUUUCUCAUAUUCUGACUUGUAAGCUUUAUUGUCAUUUAAUUGGUUAAAACAGUAGGACAGUAUUCACUCUCCUUCAAAUCUAUUUUCAGAAUUAACAGGAUACAGUUAGGAUUGGUAGGCCUAAAAUUAGACUGUCUGGCUUUCAGUUUGCUGAUGUAUUAUACAUGCAAAUGAUGCCAUCCUGCCUGUCUGCCUCACUGUUGUAAGCAUGUAGAGUAUUGAAAUUGACAAAAAAUCUAUAUAAUGCAGUCUCCUGUCUGCUCAUACAAAUAGAGCAGACAAGCACAAUGGAGGCAUAGCUCAGUGUGCAUAUCCCUGUUUAAAACAUGCACAUCACUCUAUGUUAUGGUGCUGGUAACAGCUGCAAAAGAAGAUGAAAUUUUUUGUGAUAUUGCAGUCCUUAUUUUGUGGAAGUGAAAAGUUUUCCCCUCCCCAGCCCCCCAUCUCCCUCCACCAUCAGGCUAUUUACAAAAAAUAGGAUUCGUUUCUAGGCCUGUCUGACCUUGACAGUAUCUAAUUUCACUGUUAAUAGGAAUCAAACUCAAUAAGCAUAACCUCUUGAGGCUAUCAUUUAAUGUGACAUCUCCACAGUUCUGCCAAUGCAAAG